AUGGCCAACACCGGCUAUACCUCCCCGUUCCCAACUUCUCAUGACUCGAUCGGACAGUCAACACUAGUGACACCGCUCUUCAUGCCAUCUUCUCCUCCACAACAAUCAACGAGUCCACCUGAGUCCCCGCUCCCCGCCGAUAGCCCCAUCUCAGAGCGCUUUCGCGACGAAAAUCACCACGAGCAUCUGAGCGACAAUGAACAACAUGCUGCCCACCAAAUUGUUAAUCAUUCUCGGCCGUCAACGCCGGGAAGCCCGACCGGCUCGGAUCUGGACGCUCGUCUUGCCGAGUACACGCUGGACUUUAGCCAAUUCCCCAGCGGCCAAUUCUCAGAUGGGAAAGACGAUAACCUGCCCGACUUGAAGGAGGAUGUGCAAGAUGAUCUUUCUGAUGUUGGUGGUCCGGAGGAUUUCACUGCAAAUAUGGAGAAGUACUUGCUGGGCGAUGGGAUGUCGAGCGUGCGCAAAUUGACCGCACACCGUGACCCAGGAUCUGCGUCACGUCACAAUUCCCUCAAGUCAAGGCAACCGGCCGUUGAAGAGGUCGAGCAAAAUGACGACAGUGAAUUUGGACCGCCAGUAGACAUGUCCACCCCGUCCCAUAUGCUCCACAGGACUAGUGCUCUUGCAAGAGACUCCACUCAACUGGAAGAUAUCGAAGAAGACCCUGCUGAUGGUUUGUCGAGCCCGGCGUCCCCGUCAUUGAGAAACCUUUCCGACGCAUCAGAGCAUCAACCUGAAGAGCACGAGGGCUGGGAGGUGCGAUUGCAUCGUCGCAUCGCCCACUUGGAGGAGGAGCUUCGAGAUCGCGAUGAGCAUAUUCAGAAGAACCGCAAUCGACUGCUUGAGGCCGCUUCAGCAGGAGAGCAAAUUCGGCACCUGCAGGCUGAGCUGCAGCGUAGAAAUGCUUUAAUAGAGGAGUUUGAAAACCUGGGUGGUGAUGAGGCUGUUCUCCGCGAGCAGGUGAAAUCGCUGGAGAAGCAGAACGCUGAACACGAAAGGCUCCUGCAACAAUCCACCACCCAUAAUCCCGACUUGAGCUUGGUCCAAAAGCAAAUACAUGAUAUGCAGCAUCAACUGCAGACUCGGGACUCUCAGGUUUCACUGGACGCUGAAAGGUUGGAAACCAUUGCCCACCUGCGUCAGCAGCUGAACCACACCCAAGAGCAAUUAAAGAAGCAGGAAACCACUCUCGAAGAGACGAUGAAAAGAUUGCGAGAAGUCACUCAGGCCAAAGAAUCUCAAGCUCACGAGAAGAAUGUUGAGAUUGAAAGGCUCAAGGGAGAAAUUGACGAUCAAGCUCUAGAGAAUGCAAGACUGGAGACCGAAAUUGAUCGCGUAAAUGCCGAAUAUGAAGCACUGGAGGAUCGACUCACUGCCCUCGAGACAAAAAAUCAGCCGCUCGAAGACAAGAACAACUCACUUGAGGACAGAAACAUCUCCCUUGAGGCUGAUCUAAGCCGUGUGCAGUCGCAAGUAGAGGCACAAGAGAAUGCCCUUAGAGCUGCGGCAGCCGACCUCCCACUCGGCAACCGAAGCACCUACAGCGAGAUCCUCGACCUGAUCAAGGACUUGGGACAUUCUGAACCCAAUUCACCGUUGAAGGGGAAAUUCCCAGAAGACCGUGAUGUGCCGCUUGAACGUGAUGUUCAGCAAUUGAGCCAAGAGCUCACUCGACUUCAACAAGAGCUUGAAGAAGCCCAGGCCGCUCAGAAGACUGCGGAGGCCGAAGCAAACCGUCUCCGAGACCAAGCUGCUGAAUUCACCACCAUCGAGGCGGAGAACGCGCGCCUGACAACAAAAUUGCAGGAACAAAGCUCGGCCCUCACAAAAUCCCAGCAAGAGUUGACCCGCACACGAGAGGAGCACGCUGAGGCCUUGGACACCGUUGCUCCCCGUGACGCCGUCAACGCAGAGCCAGCCGUGGACACCGCCGCCUUGGAAGCAGCCCACCAAGACCAAAUUCGAAGCCUCCAAACCGCCCACUCAACGGCAAUCUCCACCCUUCGCACCUCCCAUGCUGAAUCCAUGCGCAAAAUCCGUAACAUGCUCACAACAGCCGAGCAACGUGAAGCAGAGCUCCGAACAGAUCUCACCGCUCUGCGCACUUCAGUCUCAGCCCAGGAAUCCCAGCUUCGUAAGACCUUUAGAUCUGAGAUUAAGCACCUCGAAGCCGUCAUCGCCGCUAAAGACGAGACUGCCGCCGCCAUCGACGAGCGCAUUGCCCUCUCUGUUGAAAAGCGAGAGCGCGAAUGGGAGCGACGCAUUGAUCUCCUUCUGAAGGAACGUGAUCGCAUGGCCAAGGCACUGAUGAUGUACUGGGGAGAAAAGGAGAUGGGCCGUGGACCUGGUGUUCUCGCCGAUGGCAAGGAGAACCGACGUCGGGAUGGAGAACGGGCAGAUUCGAAGUCCGGCCAAGUGUAUCGGUACAAGUAUGCCGAGAAACAUACUGAGAAGUCCGAGAAGCGGAAGACUAGGAGUGGUGAGAAGAAGGUGUAG